CAGCAAUUUUCAAUAUUUCAUCUCUCCAAUAUAUUGCACUCGACCAGAACAAAUUCUCAGGAACAAUUCCUUUGACAAUGAGCAAUAAGCUGAGCAAUCUGAAGUUUCUUUCUCUCCAACAGAAUCACUUGACUGGAAUUAUACCUACCUCCAUCUCAAAUGCUUCAAAGCUCGUUGCUUUGUCGCUUCAUGAUAAUGAGCUCACCGGUUCAAUCCCCAACUCUUUAGGAAGUCUAGGAAAGCUAGAAUUGCUAAACUUGGAUUUCAACAGGCUGUCAGGUGAAUCCUCAUCUCCAGAAUUAAGCUUUCUCACUUUCUUGACGAGUUGCAGAUCCUUGAAAUAUUUAGUAGUGGGAUACAAUCCUCUGAAUGGUUUCCUUCCAGCUUCCUUCUCUAACCAUUCAACCUCUCUUGUAUACUUUACUGUAAGCAAUUGUAAAAUCAAAGGAAACAUCCCAACUGGAAUCGGCAAUUUGAGCAGUUUACUGCAUCUAGAUUUUUCAGGUAAUGAAUUGGUUGGAUCUAUCCCCAAAAGUUUCAAUAGGUUGAAAAAUCUUCAGGUGUUCUACUUGGGCAUCAAUCAAAUAAGGGAUGUCUUGAAUAUUUUCUGUGAACUACAUAGCUUGGGGUUGUUACAGUUGAGCCAAAAUCAAUUUUUUGGUGGGAUUCCAGAAUGCUUAGGAAAUAUGAUAAAUUUGACUCAGAUUUUUUUGGAUUCCAACAACUUGACUUCUAUGAUACCUGCCAACCUAUUGAGCAUGAAAAAUCUCCAAGUUCUCAACCUUUCAUUAAAUUUCUUGAGUGGUUCGCUACCUCUAGAGAUCGGGAACCUCAAAGCGGCAUACAAUUUGGAUCUCUCAAUUAAUCAAUUGUCAAACAUUAUUCCUACUACUAUUGGAGAGCUGCAAGCUUUACAGAAUUUUUCAUUGGCAAAAAAUAAUCUGCGGGGCUCUAUACCAGAAUCAGUUAGCAAUAUGGUCAGCUUGGAAUUCUUGGACCUUUCCCACAAUAAUCUCUCUGGUGUGAUACCCAAGUCAAUGGAGGCACUCAAAAAUCUUAAGGAAUGCAAUGUUUCUUUUAAUAGAUUAAGCGGCGAAAUUCCUCAAGGUGGUCCCUUCAGAAACUUUACAGGUCAAUUUUUCAUUAACAAUGAAGCACUCUGUGGUGACUCAAGGCUUAAUGUUCCACCAUGUCAGCGUAAUUCAACUAGAAGGUCAACUAAAAGGAAGGUGCUUCUACUUGUCAUUAGUCUGUCAGGAAUUGCAGCAAUACUGAUAAUAGCAAUUGGAGCAAUAUUGACUCUAAGGAGGCUGAAGAAACGAAAAGGUUUAGGUGGAACAGAGUUGAUGUUAGUGGCAAAAUAUGAAAGAUUUUCAUACUAUGACCUUUUGCAGUCAACUGAUAACUACAAUGAAAGCAAUUUGCUUGGAGAAGGGAGCUUUGGUUCUGUUUACAAAGGGAUCCUAAGUGAUGGCAUUGUUGUGGCUGUCAAGGUAUUCAACUUGCAAGUGGAAGGUGCAUCAACAAGUUUUGAUAGAGAAUGUGAGAUACUAAAGAGUUUACGCCAUCGAAAUCUUACAAAGGUGCUCGGCAACUGCUCCAACCCUGAUUUUAAAGCCUUGGUACUCAAAUACAUGCCAAAUGGGAAUCUUGAGAAGUGGUUGUACUCCCACAACCAUUUUUUAGAUCUGUUUCAAAGAGUAAACAUAAUGAUUGAUGUUGCUUGUGCAUUAGAAUAUCUCCAUUAUAGUUAUUAUACUCCCGUGGUACAUUGUGACCUGAAGCCUAGUAACAUCUUGCUUGAUGAAGAUAUGGUUGCUUCUGUAAGUGACUUCGGUAUCACAAAAAUGUUUGGCGAAGGAGAAAGUAUAUUGCAUACCGUCACCCUGGCAACACUGGGAUACAUUGCACCAGAGUAUGGAUCCGAGGGAUUAGUUUCGAGAAGAAUCGAUGUUUAUAGUUUCGGAAUAGUUCUGAUGGAAACUUUUUCGAGAGUGAAGCCUAGCGAUGAAAUGUUUUCAAGUGAUUUGAGCCUUAAAAGCUGGGUAGAAGAUUCUCUUCCUAAUGCACUUCAGGUCAUUGACGCAAACUUAAUAAGGCCAGAGGAUGAACAUUUCACUGGCAAGCUGAAGUGUGUUAUAUUGAUUCUGAAAUUGGCUUUGAACUGCUGUAGAGAAUCUCCAGGAGAAAGGAUGAACAUGAAAGAUGUUUUAGCAGAAUUGAAGAAUAUUAAGCGCCAGCUUCUUAUGACACAAACUGUCAGACCUCGAGUGGACCAGAUACGUUUUUUACCACAUCAAACAGAUAUUGCUGUAUAGUUCUGAAGCUUGAUUUAUUGUGCAUGCUGGAUUCCAUAGUUUUCACCUACAUCACAUUUGGACUUUCAGUUAGAUUCCAUAGGUUUCUCCUACGUCAUAUUUGGACUUUCAGUUAUGGAUCACAUUGCACAGCUUUUUUUUUUUUUUUUUGGCUUUUCGUUUUCUAUCUUUUAAUUCUGACUAAUUUCUUGGAUACAUUUUGAGGACCUGACUAUGUAUCUUUUAAUCUUGAUCUUGAAUUAAGAUUGCAAAAUGAUGAGAGCGAACCUAUUCUUGCAAUAAAUCUUUCUCUUCGGUAAAUGAAUAUAUCAUGUUCCUUGAGCUCCUCCUAAACUAUAGAAAGAGUAGCAGCUGCUGUUUGUUCUCUCUCCUUUACAACAGAUAUAUCUUACAUGCCUCCAAAGCGCUCAAUGAAGAAAGCUGACUUGUGUUGGCAAUUGUCUUACCUCCCUUUUCCUACAUCACAAGUCUUAUGGAAUUCUUGAAUCAUCAUAUAUCCGAUUUUAAGUGCCUGUUUUUCUAUGCAAUGAAAAUUGUGUGCAGUGGAUUUGGUCAUGAUAGAGCUCUGCUGCCUGCUGGACUCUGGGUGUGGAGUCUAAAGAAAUAGAGGUAUACAAGCAUGAAGUAUCUAAGAAUUUAUAAAGCAUUUUACCAUAGAAUAUAGUUCAUCAAACUUCAGCUAUCGGUCUUUAAUGCUACUUAAAGAAUUGGCCUCGUGUGUGUAAAAUUCUUGUAAUGUACAGUUCUACUUUAAACAAUGGGUAACAACCAUAUAGAGGACGUUGAUGAGAUAAUUAAUUACUAGGGAAAAAUAGCAGUCGUGUUCUUGUUCUUGGAGUCUUUUAGUCUUAUAUAUGGACUUUUCUCCAAUAUCCUUUGAUUAGUAUGAGACUAACGAAAUUCAU